AUUAAAAGACAUUACUUUUGAAAAAUAUCAUUCUUUGUAUAACCUCUACAAUACUAAGAGAGUUGUAAGGGAGACAGAGAGAGAUGUGUAGCUUGAUGGCAAACUUGUUGCUCCCAGCAAACCUGAGACCAGAUUUUUCAAACAAAGAGAGAAGUAGCUCAAUCCCUUCAACUACUAGAAGUUCCAAGAAGAAGAAGCAAUCUAUGUUUCCUGUUGCGAGACUGUUCGGACAGGCCAUUUUCAAAGCUUCUAAACUGAAUGUCAUGUUUUUAGGAGUUGAUGAGAAGAAGCAUCCAUCAAAUCUUCCAAGAACUUACACUCUCACUCAUAGCGACAUAACCGCUAACUUAACUUUAGCUAUUUCUCACUCUAUCAAUAACUCUCAGCUGCAAGGAUGGGGAAACAGGUUGUACCGGGAUGAAGUAGUUGCCGAAUGGAGGAAGGUGAAAAGUAAAAUGUCGCUUCACGUUCACUGUCACAUUAGUGGCGAUCAUUUUCUUUUGGAUCUCAUUGCGAAACUUCGUUACUUCAUAUUUUGCAAGGAAUUACCGUUGGUGUUAAAAGCUUUUGUGUGUGGAGAUGAGAACAUGUUAAACAAUUACCCUGAGCUACAGGACGCUUUUGUUUGGGUGUAUUUCCAUUCCAACAUCCCCGAGUUCAACAAGGUCGAAUGUUGGGGUACGCUGUGCGAGGCCACCUCGCACGACGGUUGUAAGAGCCACCCGUGUGAAACCUUACCGGAACCGCCUUGCCUUGAUAAGUGCAGCUGUUGUUUCCCGACGGUCAGCACGAUCCCUUGGUCUCAUUCUCAUGACAGCCAUGGUGAAGAGGAUGAUAGUGUAGCUAUAGCCGGAGGGCUUGUGACUAAGUACAUGUAUAAUCGAAUUAAACAAAAAUUGUAACACAUAUCUGUCUAUGUUGGAGUAUAAGCUAAAUUACUUUGAUGCGCUGGUUACUAGUCGAAAGAAACUGUAGAGCAAAAAUCCGAACUUUUCCUUAUCAAAAAAAAAAACACUACACUUUAAGAUGUA